UUUGUGGUAAUCUGAAAGCCACACGUGCCAAUCGCCCACCCAGUGCUGCCGUUCUCGUCGUUUCCAUUCCUUCCUUCCUCCACCUCCAAGUUUCCUCUCUCCUUCACCCCUUGUAUACUGCAAUUCCUAAUUUUCUCUCUCGCUGCUGUCUCCUGCCAUGUGUUUGAAGGUACGCUUGAGAACAGAUGUGGUCGGCAGAUGAAGUAUGGCGCUCUCUACCUCUAUUUCCCUACCCUCAUUUCCUCAGUUAUGCUAUUCUAGUCCAAAAUGGAAGCAAAAGAGGGUAGAGUUUCUGAAGCUGCGUAGAAGCGAGUCUAAGUUGUCGUGGAUUGUCAAAUCGGUGUUAAAUAGCAGUAGGCACUCCAGUAUUAGUGAUAGUGGGGCGAGUGAACCGGCUAGGGUUCUUCUGGAGAGGUUGUUUGCUCAGACUCAGAAGCUUGAACAACAGAUAGGUAGGGAUCCAAGUUCGCCUGAGCUCGGUGUGGGUCUUGGUGAGCUCGAAUCGGAACUUCAUGCUGCUCUAGUAGCCUUGAAGAAGAAGGAAGAGGAUCUGCAGGAUGCGGAGAGGAAGGUGGUGUUGGAGUUCAAUGAAAUUCAUCAAGCCAGGAAGAGUUUGGAGCGACGAGAAGAAGAAAUGGCAGCUGCUACACUGAAGCAGGAAAAGCUCGAGGAGGAGCUGAUGGUAGCAAAUGUAGAGUUGGCUUCACGAGCCUUGGAAAUCAGUGAGCUUAAGCUUCAGCUCAAGGAAAGGGAUGAUAAGAUUUCUGCUUCACAAGUAGCACUGUUGGUCAAAGAAGAGGAAAUCGCAAAGAUGGAACAGGAACUGAUGAAGAAGACUGAUGAAGCUGCUAAUGCUGAAUCACAACUCUGCUUCAAGUCCGGGCUCCUGGAUGAAGCAAACAAAGUUGUGGAAAAGCAAGCACUUGAGCUCCAGCAACUUCAGAGAGUAAUUCGAGAGAAAGAGGAAGAGCUUGGAAAUUCCAUUCGGAUGCAGGAAUCUGAAUCUGAGAAAUUGAAGAAUGCGGAAGCAAAGUUGGAGAAGCAAACAAUGGACUGGCUAAUUGCACAGGAGGAGUUGAGAAAGCUUGCAGAGCAAACAUCCAAGCAUGUUGGGGAAGCAAAUUCCACUCUAGAUGAGUUUGGGAGAGUGAAAAAACUUAUUUCUGAUGUGAAAUGUGAGCUUGUUUCUUCUCAAAAAGUUUUGGUUUCCUCCAAAGAGAAAAUGGAAAGUCAAGAUCGGUUGUUGGAAAAACAGCUUAAUGAACUUGAAGAGCUAAGGCAGAGCAUUAUGUCGUAUCUGCCAAGUUUGAGAGAUGCCGAAGCAGAAGUGGAAAGUGAGAGAGUGAAACUAAGGGUUGCUGAAGCUCAAAACGAGGAGCUUAAAAGAGAUCUAUUGUUGGAAAAAGAACUUGUUGCUGAGCUACAGACAACGUUGGAUAAAGAGAGGUCAGCUUUGAAACAAGCAGUUUCAGAACUCUCAGCUCUCCGCGAGGAAAUAGACAGCAAGACUGCUGCAUUUGAAGAGUCACAGACUCUUCUCACAGCUAAAGAGUCAGAACUGGUAGAAGCAAGAUUAGAGAUCCAGCAUUUAAAGUCCGAACUGGUUUCACUUCAACUUAUAUUGGAGCAGAAAAACUCGGAACUCUCAGAUGCAAAAGAGAUGCUGGAGGAACUCAGUCAUCAGAUUGCUGAACUGAAAGGGAUUUUGUCCAGCCGAGAAGAGGAGCUCAUUGGAGCUGUGUCCGAGCUCAAGGAGAAGGGCCAGCACACCCGAGAAAGCCUGAGAGCUAAGGAAAUGGAAGUUCUUGCAGCAAAUAAGGAUCUCAUAAUGAAAGACGAGGAGCUAAACGUGGCUAUCAGAAAACUAGAUGCUAAAGAGAAGGAAAUAGCAAAACUGAGAGAGGGAGUCAUGCAAGAUACAGAUCUGAAACAGCUGUAUGAAUUAUCACAGGAGAUAAUUGGUGAGAAAAGCGUGGGUGAAGUCGCAAUUGAGAAACUGCAAUUAGAAGCAGCUCAACUCGAAGUCGAAGCUGCAACAAGUGCACUAGAGAGAAUCACAGAAUUGAGUAGCCAGCUUCUGCACCAAGCUGGUCUGAGCAUCGAGGCAGAAACAUCCUCCUGCAAAGAGAGAUGA